AGCACACCUUUGGCCCCAGCCGUUUUGCUGGGCGCCCGCAAUGUCCUUUGAUCGUGCAGGACCCGGCGAGGGCUCGCCCUCGCCGCCGAAGCUGUCGCCGAGCGCCUCGCGGCAGAGCUUGUCCUCGGAUGUGACGACGAAAACGCUGAGGAAGUCGGCCUUUACGGGGCCGGACGACAAUAGCGAAGCGCAUGCCUUCACACUGUCGAAUUUCAUCCUACAGGACAAGCUGGAGACGCGGAUUCGGAACGAACUCCGCGCCACGAAAUCCAUCAGUUUGGAGCAUGCGCAUCGAGCAGAGGAAAAACAUGAGAAAGACAAAGAAAACUUUCCAGACUGCGAGUCAUGUCUUUGUGACAUGACCACGGGAGCCAGUUUGACCAGCAAAGUUGCCAAAGAAGCAAAGGUGGUGACGACCGGUAUCCGAGGGGGAGCAGACAAGCGCGUGCUUCUGCCGGCGGUUUUAGAACUGCAGGGCGAGGUGCGGACCACGUUCCAAUUCUUCAUGAGUUUGGCAUUUUUUCUGCUCUUCGGCUUGGGCUGUCAGAUGCAUUACAGGACCUACGCCAUCCACCUGCAGGAAAAGAACCUGCGGCUGCAGCUGACGGAUUCGGCGACGGAGGUGAAUGAGAUCCCACAGAUGUUCGAGUGGAUGGAACAGACGUGGUUCCCCUUCCUCUGGAAUUCGCCCAAUGCAGCAGGCACCACAGGGAGCUUGUUACCCUCGCGACAGCUCACGCUCCUGGGAGGAUCGUUGCUGAAAGUGAUCAGCAGCCCGGAGGAGGAGUGCGUCUACGUCACGGGCGCCACCUGCUAUGACCAAGGCGAGCGCGCCUAUAACUACGACCCCGUGCUGAACGGCUGGGACGUCCACCGGCGUCUGGCCACAGCCUCGGAUGCGGAGGCGACCCCAGGUUGGACGGGGCCAAGUAGACUCAUGGCUUUCUACCAGUGGUUGCGCCCCAUGCUGCCGUUUUCUAGCGAGGGAUGGUACGAGGCCGAGGCGCCGGACGCCACAGCCGCCACGGCCGCCGCGCCGGACGCCGAGACGCCGCGGACGCCGCGGACGCGGCGGCCAGUGGGGAAUCUGCCGCCCAAGGCCAAGAGGUUGUUGCAGGGCGGCCUGGAAGGCUUACCUUCCAAGAAGACCAAGAGAAGUAGACAUGGAUGGAUGCGUGCCUUCUUCGAAAAAUCCGAGCCUUCUUCGAAGCCCAGGCGUCGCUUGGCGCCAACGUCUUCUGUGAUUAUGGAUGGAUUGCCAGAACCUGUUGGAAAUGAAAAGGCGGCCAUCACGGUGAUUCCUAUGAGUCGCUCCUUGGCCAACGUCUCCAAGCAGCUACAGACCUGGCAGACCGAUAUGAAUCGCUUGGUAAGCCAGCGGACCUUGAUCGUUGGCCUUGAGACGAUGGUACGAAAUGAGCAGACGCAGCUGUUGACGCAUGUCUUUGUGAACUUCCUCUUGAGUCGAUCAGGAGCGAUCUUCGUCCAAGUGCGCCUCCUUUCGUUGCACACGGUGAACGACCCCUGGGCCAUGAUUUUGGCUGCGAUCUGGGUGAUCUUCCUUCUUGGCUGCAUCGUGGCGUUGCUGGCGCAGAUCAUCAUCGCCUUCUCCAACGGCCGGGCGGCGGCACAUGCGAAGAAGAUGUCGACCCUGGUGCAGUGGGCCAUCGUGCUGAUCGGCGUGGUGAUCGUCGCGCUGUUCGUCACCGAGCGGAUGGAGAUGAGACGCGCCAAAAAUUUGGUCGAGGACUAUACAUCGGCGCGUCCUUCAGUGAAGGCGUCGGUCUUGGAAGACUUCGACAUCAGUUGGUUCAACCUGCUGCACUUUGUCAUCUUCUGGGCCACACGUUCAGACAGUGACCUGUUGAUCCUGAUCUCGCUGUUCCACGUGCUGAUCCUGCUGCAGUUCCUCGCAGCCUCCAAGGGCCAACCGCGCCUGGCGCUCUUGGUGAACACCUUGGAGAAGGCCUUUCAGGACAUCGUCCACCUGUUCGUGGUUUUUCUCUUCAUCUUCAGUGCUUUCGUCAUCGCCGGACACAUCCUCUUUGGGGCAAAGUUGAAGGACUUCUCAACCGUACAGGGAUCAUUUGCGAAGAGUUUGGAGCAGGUGGUUUCCUUCAAGACCGACUGGGACGUCAUCACCCAACAGGAUUGGUGGACGGCCGCCAUCUGGGUGUGGUUGAUGAUCAUCGUGGUCAGUCUAGUGGUGAUCAACAUCGUGCUGGCAGUGAUCUUCGACUGCUACGGCAAGAUCCGUUCCGGAAUCACCGAGAAGGACACAUUGUGGACGACGUUGAGGCGACAAUUCAUGGCGCUGAGGUAUAUGAACCAGUGGUAUGCAACUUUGGACUUGCUCACGGGCAUUAAGAAUAGCAAGACCGAGAGCAUCACCCAAGAAGGCUUCCGCAGAAUCUUCCACGACAUCACGGAGGAACAGGUGGAGCAGAUCUUCGAGCUCGCCGAGAUGCGGGCCGUCAACGAUACCAUCAACGGCCAACCCACGCUGCUGGGGGAGGCCAUCGCCAGUAUCCUGUUGGGCAUCGAUGAUGUGCGCGAUGGCAUCCGCACCCUGCAGGACAAGAGCUUCAAGAGCUACAAAGAGCAGAGGAUUUGGUUGGAAGAAUUCAAGGAACCUUUGACCGCCCCGGAGCCUGUUUGGGAUUUGGGUCCCGAUACCUACCAGAUCGUGUCCACCACGGGCUGCGAUGUCCGUGAUGCUCCGGACAUGACCUCACCAGUGGUCACCAGGCUGGCACAGAGAGAUAAGGUGGAGGUGGUUCGAACCAAGGAUUACUAUGGAGGCGAUGGCCUGCGGCGGCUCAUGGGGCAGUUGGCGGAGCCCAACAGCGGCUGGAUCCCCAUCUUCGACCCCGAAACAGGCUACGCCUGGGCAGAGCUUUGGAAGGAUCCAAAGAUCAAAGAACCCGACUUCCCGGGCGUUUACAUCAUCCAACACGAGAGCGCCAUGGUGCGCACGGACAUCUCACUGACCUCGCCGGAGCUGACGGAAUUGCCCCAGGGGACCAUGGUGAACGUCGUGGAGGUGGUCUUGGAUUACUGCGAUGAAGAGACCACGGCCCAGCGGAAGCGUGGACGUUUGCAGCACCCUGAUGGCUGGAUCUCCCUGUUGGACCGCGACACGAAUUAUCGCUUCGCGGAACGGGCCAAGAUCCAGGAACCCUUCGGAAAGUGGGUGUCCAAGAAGGACAUGGAACUCACAGUGGAACCCAACAGUGCUGAAGCCUUGAGCACCGUGCAGGAUGGCGAGAUGGUGGAGAUCGUCGAGAUGCGGCUGGAAUAUGCCCAGGGCCAGGAGCAUCUCUUUGGUCUCACGAAGAUGGGAGGCUGGAUGCCGCUGCAAAACUUGGCGACAAAGGAGAAAUACGCGGAAGCCAAGCCAGAAUUGGCUGACCCAGAGGUGCCUCCAGAGGAGGACCCUCUGAAACUUCCAAGCAAUCCACCGCGCUGGGUGUCAGAUGGCUUGCUAUGCCAUCUUCAUAAACAGCAUCGAAAUAUGAUCAUGAUGACAGAGAAGUUCCAGAGCAUUCAGCUGGGCUUCGAACAGAAGGGCCUCAAUCUGGAACCGGUGCUGCCCGGGGAUGAACCGGAGCUUCCGGACUUCGAAAGUAUGCUGAAGCCCUCGCACUUUGCGCAGCAAGACACAGGCCGCGUGGCCGUGCGCCGCGAGAAGCCCGCGGUGAAUUUGCCGCAGCCCUCGGCGACGAUCUCUUCGCAGUCCCUGAAGAGCCGCUUGCAUCACUUCGUCUCCUCCAUUUGAGGGUACCAACGGGGUUGGUCGGUGUGGCACAGGUCCAAAAGCAAG